AUGAUGUCAAGACAAUCGAAUGUUUAUUGUAAUGGUUGCAGCACAACCGAUUUUAUAAAUGCACGUUAUAAAUGUCAAGUCUGUUCGAAUUAUAAUCUCUGUACAGCUUGUUAUGAUAAUAAAACACAAAGUUUUGGACAUUUAUCAUCUCAUACAAUGUUACGAAUUGAAUUACCUUCAACAGCUAAUCCCGAACCAAUUACAAAACAAUAUUCAGAUCAAAUGAAUCGUCUGGAGGAUUCAUAUCUAUCACGAUAUAUGUCAAAUUUAGCAAUGAAUCAACCCAAACAAGCUACACGAACGCUUGAAACUCUCGAUCAAUUAUCAGUCGACCGAUUGUAUGAAUAUUUAACUCGACUUGAUCCGAACUUGAGAACAGUAGCCGAAAAACUACGAGCUGAACGUGUUUCCGGUGCCGAUUUAGUCAGUUUCGAUGAAAAUGAUUACAAAAGUUUUGAUGUCACAUAUGGAGAUAAGAAAAAACUUCAACUGUUGAUCGAACGCAAACAAGCAGGUGUUUCGAAUGUUUCGGAUUUAUCACAAAUACAAAGUGAAAUAACUCAAUUGAAAUUAGUGAUCAAAAGUCAAGAGGAAGAAAUUGAAGGAAAGAACAAUUCCAUUCAACAGUUGGAAGAUAUUUUGAGUAAACAGGAGCAACAGACACAACUUCAAGAUGCAAUUAUUCAACAAUUACAAGAAGCGCUUGAAAAACAAAAACAAGAAAUGGAUAUGCUGAUGGAAGUCGUCGAACAACAACGAACUCUUAUAGCAUCAACACAGAAACCUUAG